AUGAAGGCGGUUAUCCUAGUCAUGUUCCUUUGGGGGCUAUCCUGUGCUCUCCCAGUCACCAGAUAUCAAAACACUGAAUCCGAAAGCUCCGAAGAGUGGAUGGGCAAUUUGGCUCAGUCACCACCACCCCCCACGAACAGUGAGUCAUCAGAAGAAAGUAAAGUUAGCUCAGAGGAACAGGCCAAUGAUGAGCAGCACUCCGACAGCUCCGAGUCAGCGGACCUGGGCCCCGACGGAGGCCAGUACAGAGCGGCCGGUGGUUCCUCCCUGGGCGCGGGGACGGACGCUGACAAGGAGGACGACGAAGACGACAGCGGCGACGACACCUUUGGUGACGGGGAAGACGGCCCGGGUCCUGAAGGAGGAGCGAGGGGAGGGCCCUCGGGACUGGAUGGUGAUGAUGAGGAGUCUGCCGACAGCACGCAGUCCGGUGGAGACGGCAUCUCUCCAGAUUCGCGCAGCAGUGACAGCAGCGAGCAGGGCGCCGCGGAGGAAGGGGACAGCGGGAGCGAGGAACGGCGGGUCGGAGGGGGCAGCGAGGGGGACAGCAGCCACGGGGACGGCUCGGAGUUUGACGACGAGGGGAUGCUGAGCGACGAUCCCGAAGUCUUCGCGAGCGAGCGGGGCCGCCCCAGAAUGAGCAGCGCAGGGCUCAGGUCGGGAGCAUCUCCGGGGGACGGCGGGCCCGCGAGCACCCUGGGCUCUGAGGACAGCCAGUCUGUGGAAUUCCCGAGCAGGGAGUCCUUCCGAAGGUCCGGGGUCUCCGAGGAGGACCACGGGGGUGAGCUCGCGGCCAGCGACAGCACGGAGACCCAGAGUGACUCCGCAGAGGACCAGAAGGAGAGCAGGAGUCAGUCCCAGGAGGACACAGCAGAGACUCAGUCCCAGGAGGACACAGAAGAGACCCAAGACCCAGUCCCAGGAGGACACAGCGGAGAGCCAUCCCAGGAGAGCAGCAGCGAGUCUCAGGAAGGGGCAGCAGGAGAGUCCCGGGGGGACAAUCCGGACAACACGAGCCAGGCAGGAGGGGACAGCUCGUCCAGCGAGGAGGAGGACGGCCCGGACACACUGUCCAGCUCGGAGAGCCAGUCCACCGAGGAGGAGCAGGCGGACAGCGAGUCCAGCGAGAGCCUGGGCCUGUCAGAGGAGAGCCUCCAGUCCCAGAGCCAGGAGAGCCAGUCGGAGCAGGACAGCAGCUCCGAGGAGCAGGGCGACAGUGACAGCCAGGACAGCAGCCCGUCCAGGGAGGAGAGCAGCUCUGCGGAGAGCACCUCCAGCAGCGAGGAGGACGGCGGUCCCAAGAACAUGGACACCGACACCAGGAAACUGACAGUUGACGCUUACCACAACAAGCCCGUGGGGGACCAGGACGACAACGAUUGCCAAGAUGGCUACUAG